UCUCUGGUUUUACUGUUUACUUCCGCCAAUAAAAAUGGCAACUUUGUAGCCCUUCGUGUUGUGUUUUUGUUUUGUCUCAAGUGCUUACAAAAACUCAGGUAGGUUAAUAAAAUUGUUGAUUAACUGUAAAAAUGAAUACCGUUUGCAAUACCAGUGGUUUAUUCGCUGAUGUUGUGAUUGAAUAGCGGGUACCUAAAUCAUGGAUUACUUGUUAGAUAUUACUGCACUGUCAGAGCUAGAAGCACAAGCAUUUCGCUACACCCGCUAUAACAUCUGCUGAACACGUGUAUGUGACAAAUAACAAGUAGCCUAAUAAGAAUAUAACCCAUUCAUAGACGCUAACUACCUUUAGCGCCUAUAAUGAUAGUGGGUGUGUAUGUAAAUUCACUCUGGAGUGCCAGAGUGUUCGUAAAUUCAGAGCGUUGUCAAAUUGUCCGUUCGUAAAUUCAGAGCGCACACUGGACGCUCUGGCGGAGGCGUAGGGUUGAUCCGAGAGUUCUGACCUGACAAUGGCAUUCAAGCACCCAAGCUAACUGGCUAAAGUUAGCCAGCUUGCUAGCAACUUACAUUUUAGUAAUUUAGCAGACGCUCUUAUCCAGAGCGACUUAGUGAGUGCAUAGAUUAUUUUAUUUUUCAUACUGGCCCCCUGUGGGAAUCGAACCCACAACCCUGGCGUUGCAAACACCAUGCUCUACCAACUGAGCUAAUUCCAGACAUAAAUGAGAGAACACCUCACUCAGACCAUUUUUCAAGCCCUAGCAGAGCUGGUUAGCCAGUUUUCAUGUUAUCUAGAGAGUUGGUGACUGUGCUGCUGGCAACAAUUUAAUUACGUUUUUUUGCCGACGUUUACUGACACCGGUCACAUUCAACCGGUGUUGCGCGUUCGUAAAUUCAUCAAUUAAUCUGCACUCUGGCACACUCAGUCCUCUGAAAUCGGAAUAGAUAGCCAGAGUGAAUUUACGAACGCACCCAGUAUCUUCUGGCAUGUGUUGUUUUAAAACGUCUCGCUUGCGGUACGGUUUUGGAAUUAUAAGCAAGAUAUCUAUAAUAUCACCAUUUUAAAAUCAUUUUCAAUUACUACACACCUUUUAGUUGUAGGGUUCCCACAUGGCCAUUUUUCAUUAAACGUUGGCGGAAAUACAUUACCAGCGUGUGAGGAACGUGUUUGCGUGCUUCAUAAAUGCUAGCCAGAUUAGAUUAUAAUUGUUUGGCCUCGAGAUAUGCUAACCGGUUUUCAAUCCCUUUAAUUUUGUUAGUUAGUUUGUUGGCUAGUUAGAGGUUAAAUGGCGAUUGCCAUCAAGUUGUUGUUGUGUUAUUAUAUUUAGUAUUUUCCACCAUAUGCAUAAUGUAUACUUGCAUUUGAAUAUAGCGCUUGAAAAGGGAAUCAGGAUGCAAUGUGGACAUGGUAGACACAUUAAAUGUAGGUGUAGAGGCAUUACUUGUUCGGAAUUCCAUGAUCAGAAUACAAAAGCUGCAUGAACUGUUUGUCAAGUCUAGACUGCCAGAUGGACCACCUGUGCUAAUUAGCUACCUAGCACGCGCCAAACACCUGUGUAAUGGAAGAAAGCCUCCAGAAACACGUUGUCACUGAAAAAUACUGUCUGCUACAAUUGUGAUAAAGCCGGUACAAACAGUGUACAGUAUGUGUAUAUUUUGCAUUCGUGAAAUUAUUUUGAUGUGAUAUGAAAGUAAAUGGCUUUAUGUUUCUAGAACUCUAUCGCAAUUGAGAAUUAUUCACGUUUAGAUGGGAGUAUUUGGCUGUUUUGGCUGCCAGAGCCAGUCUACCUCUGAAAAUAACAUAUACGUUCUUUAAGAGUACAUCUUGGGCUAACGCUGUGUGCUCCUCCAGUUGAUGAACUACACUUCUUCCCCUUUUCAGGCAUGCUAGAUAGCUAUUUAGGCCUCUGUCUUCCGUGGAGAUAUGGCCAUGUGGGAACACUAACCCUAUAAAGGUGUGUAUCAAUUUAACCUUUUGUUUUUUGAAAAUGAUUUCUCGCUGAUAUGAAAAAUAAGGGCCUUAUCCUUCCAAAACCAUACCGCAAGGGAUGCGUGUUAAUGUUCAGACCGAGCGUUGGGGCUCUUAACAAAACGCCCCGGUACAGAAGACGCCUUUCUCCAAUGACUUAUGUGUAAUGUAAUGGAACUGAGUCAUGAUCAAGGGCUAAAGCAGCAUAUGGAUCUGUGCAAAACUGCUACAGUAAGUGCAUCUUAUUUAUUUGAAAGAUUAUUUCUCGCUGAUAUGAAAGAUAAGGGGCAUAUCAGCAUAUGUUUUGAAAACCGUUUCGCAAGCAAUGAUUAUUGACGUUUCUAAACGUUAAAACACAGCAUCGGAAUUGUAGUUCACAAGCAGGCAACCGAGGGCAGAACUAACCGCUGAAAACCCUACAGAUAAGAAGGGUUUUCAAGAACUAAAUAAGAAUGCUGAUGAUGUCCCUAAUGAGUCCGCCCCACAAGUCUCUAAUUUAGCUCCCUGUCUUAUUUUAUUUCCCCUAGUUCCUCCAGAAUGCAGAAUGCCACAAUGGUUCGUCCUCUAUUUGGAGGAGCCCUGUCAGCCACCAUCCCUCACAGUGCCAAAGACAUCAGGUGAGACUAAAUAUCAUGGUCAACACAUUUCUAUGGUCAACACUGUCAGCUGCGGAGGGAGAAGCUGAACUGUCUCGAGCACAUUUACCCCCCCCCCCCCCCCCCUCUUUCUCUCCCUCUCUCUGACCCUCCCUCCCUUGUAUAUGAGCAGUGAGUUGAGGGAGAUUCCAGACAACCAGGAGGUUUUUGCCCACGACCACACUGACCAGAGCAUCAUCGUGGAGCUACUGGAGUUACAGAGCCAUGUCCAGAAUGGAGACGCUGCCAGGUAUGCACCAGAAUUGUGGUGUGAGUUCAUCCCAAAUGGGACCCUAUUCUCUUUAUAGUGCACACUACUUUUGACCAAGGUUCAUAGGGCUCUGGUCAAAAGUAGUGCACUAUAUGUAGAAUAGAGUACCAUUUGGGAUGAAUCCUGUGUGUUUUUGCAGUGAUUGACUUGGGCAGGAGCUCACCGGAACUGAGUACUGGCACCUCCAAAUGUUCUAUGUUUUGAGUUCCUGCACCUCCUUAUAGAUUUUAACUCAAAAGUAUUGUGGCGUUCCUGCACCUAAAUAUAAACAGUACUGGCACUCAAAAUGAGGACCGGCACAUAUUUCAGUCCAAGUCAAGCAUUGCAUAGGAACUGCUCACUGCUCAGCCUCACCUUUCUUAACGUAACCAUUGACCUUUAGGUACCACUUUGAGGAUGUAGCAGGGAGCAACAAGGCGUCGGCCCCAGGGACAUCAGAGGUCAGGGCUGUGGUGGCCCUUCCCAAGUCAGACCUUUCCCUGGAGGAGUGCAGCUCUGCCUUUCUACUCACUGGAACACAGUGUGUGGCCAAGUUCAAUGAGGAAGUACGUCGGUCUGUUUCUUUCUUAGUUCUGAAAAUGUAUUUAUUCUUAGUGAAAUUGUAACCUUGUUUUUUGAAAGAGAAAGUAAGUGCACUGUGACCUCACUGACAAUCUCACCUGUAGCCUCACAACGUACCAAUGCCCAACCCUUUGCACAAUCAGUAUACGCCCAUUAUUCACCUUGGUAGUCGUGUGCUAUACUCAAGAGGAUUUAUAGCCUAGUCUUUUCAGGAAACGCACAAGUGCUAGUCCUUUCCUUGUCACAGUCAGAAGGGUCAUGUCAAUUGCAGUUAUAUAGUCUGAAACCAUGUGGAGGUUUAUAUGACAUUGGCAUUCACCUCAACUGUUGGUAAACUGUAUUUGAACUGUUCCAGCUCUGGUUAUCAAGAAUUGUAUCUUAUUUUGUUGCAUUCCUUCCUCCAGGCCAAAAAUACAGUGACCAUUUACCUUGGCCUGUUCCGACUACCACAGUUCUCUACGGAUGUUCUAGUGACCUUCAACGACCCCCUCAGCAUAAGGUGAGGUUAUACAGGGUGUUUGUCCCAAAUGGCACCAUAUUCCCUAUAUAGUGGACUACUUUUGAACAGUGCCCAUAGGGGACUCCUGUCUAUCCCUGGUGUUCUAGUACUGGAGUUUUAUGAAGUAGAAGACAUGAAAAAUCAUUCCACAAAAUCAUUUAUUUUUUUUGUAAUAUAUGGAUAAAGCAUGGGUAGGACAUAAUUUAUGCAAAAUGUACUAUGUGGCAAAAUGUGUUAUGUAAUUUUAUAUUAAUAUAAAUUAAACUGAAAACAGGGUAUCAAUGUUUUCAUUAACUACUAUAACUUGUUACCAAUGCUAUUACCCUGGUAUUACCACUUUUUCCCAAGCUGCCUGUUAUGUUAAGUGCUACUCCUUCUCCCUAACCUCUCCCGACCCCCUCGCCUCUCUGCCCUCCCAGCCCUAGCAGCAGCAGUGCAGUGGGGAUAGGAGGAGAGCAGCAGGAGAACACAGAGCCAUGGACGCUGCAGGACUUCCAGCAUUUACUGCAGUCUCUCAGACUACACGACCCAGGCGUGUUUGGGUAGAAGAGGGCUCCAGGUCCAGCCCACCACAUCGCUUCAACAGACAUUCCCUUUACACUCAUCUCCAAUCUUUUUGUUCUCUCAAAGACAGACAUAAUGUAAUAUGCAAGUUACUGCUCAAAGUAAAAACCACUCAAGAUUGCGCUUUGGCUUUGGUUGUCUUCUCGUGGUAUAAUUUGUUUACUUAAAUUGUAUGAACUUUGCUUAUGCUGAUAUUAAACUGAACAAAAAUAUAAAACGCAA